GUGCGUACACUCGUGCUCGUGCGCGCACGCGUAUGUCUUAAAGUUUAUUUGACAAAGAAGAGCGUUGACAUUGAGGAAUUUCGAUCAGACUAUAAAUUAGUUACUGUCUAGGCCAAAUACUUCAUUUAGUCUGAGUAGUUAUAUUCUGUUGGGCCUACUCGAAUAUUGUGAUUUUCUACAAAAGAUAAUUUUAUUACAAGGAUGGCGGUCACUGUGUGGCCAUUGUUAGCAUUGGUGGUAUUAAGCUCAGUGACGUAUCUUGAUUGUGCAAAAGUCAUUUGCUAUUUUAGCAAUUGGGCAUUUUAUCGUCCGGGUAUUGGAAAAUAUACUAUAGAUGAUAUACCUGUGAAAGACUGUACCCAUGUGAUAUAUUCAUUUGUUGGUGUGGAUAAUACGACUUGGGGAAUAAGUAUUAUUGAGCCUGAGUUGGAUGUCGAUAUGAACGGUUUUAAAAAUUUUACUAAUCUUCGAAAACAAUAUCCAGAUGUAAAAUUUACAGUAGCACUCGGUGGUUGGGCCGAAGGAGGUAAAAAAUAUUCUACAUUGGUAUCGUCUCAAGUUAAAAGAAAUACGUUCAUAAAAAGUGUAACAGAGUUUCUAAAGAUUUAUGAUUUUGACGGUCUUGAUUUGGAUUGGGAAUAUCCAGGAGCGGCUGAUCGAGAUGGAGCUUUUUCGGAUCGAAACAACUUUUACUAUUUCGUACAAGAAUUAAAAGAAGAAUUUUUAAAACAAAACCCUUCUUGGGAGCUCACGAUGGCUGUACCAAUGGCAAGUUUUCGAUUAAUGGAAGGCUACUAUGUUCCAGGGUUAUGUAGUUUAGUUGAUGCUGUGCAUGUAAUGGCUUACGAUUUGCGAGGUAAUUGGGCUGGAUUUGCAGAUGUACAUAGCCCAUUAUUUAGAAGACCCACAGAUCAAUACUCUUACGAAAAACUUAAUGUAGCUGAUGGUAUGCAACUUUGGGUCGAUCUUGGUUGCCCCCCAAAAAAAUUAAUAAUGGGGGUACCGUUUUAUGGAAGAUCAUUUACGCUGAGUGCCAGUAAUAAUGACUAUAAAAUAGGUACUUAUAUUAACAAAGAAGCAGGAGGGGGUGAAGCUGGAAACUAUACACAAUCUGUAGGAUUUUUGGCUUAUUACGAGUUAUGUGUAAAUUUGCUCGAUGAAAACGAUGGUUGGACAAAGAAAUGGGAUCCAAUAGGACUGUGUCCAUACAUGUAUAAAGGAACUCAAUGGGUUGGCUAUGAUAAUACGACAAGUUUAGAAUUUAAAAUGGAACAUAUCAAAAACAAAGGUUAUGGUGGUGCUAUGGUAUGGGCUAUAGACAUGGAUGACUUCCGUGGUCUUUGCGGACCAAUAAAUCCACUUAUACGAGUGCUUGCAGAUGCCAUGAACACAUAUACGCCACCAGACUUAAAAAUUUCAACAACGCCUACACCCGACUGGCUUAUACCUCCUCCAAAAAUUUCAACAAACAAAGAAAAUACUACACCUCAAACAAUAUAUUAUGCUCCACCUUCAACAUCAACAUUAUCAUCAACUUCAACUACGACAGAUAAUGAAUCGGGAGAUACAAAUUAUAUUCAAAUAUCAAUACCAGUUAAUGAAGAACAAAAUAUUGGUAGAGGGUGUAGACAAGGAGAAUUCAUACCUCACAGCUAUUGCAAUAAAUAUUCUCGAUGUAAUCAUGGAAAGUUAACUACAUUUACUUGCCAAUCUGGUACAUUUUGGAAUAAGCAGGAAUUGAUUUGCGAUUGGCCGUACCGAACUUCUUUGUCUGACUGUAUUAUAGUGUAAUUUGUAAUGAUAUUAACUAUGAUGACUAUGAUGAUAUUAUAGUCAUCAUCAGAUUAAAAUAUGUAAACAUUUUUAAUUACUGUGUGAACUUUCUUGUAUAAUUUUUCUUGCAUAAUAUAAUAAUAUGUUUUAAU